CAUAGGAAGAAUUUUAAAAAAUUGGAAAAAACAAUAAAAGGGGAGUAAAAUAGCUGGAAAACCCUCCAUUUACAACAAAUCUAUAUCAGUUCGAACUCAAAAGGGCUUGACAAUAUUUCACAUUUUUGUUGCCCAUAUUUUUCCCUAAUUCAGAAAUGGUAAUCAAAAAAAGAAAAAUUCCACAUCGAAGUUGGAGAGUUGGACGGUUGGAGGUCUCCUUUUCCAUGGCUGAAGCUACUUUAUCGGAUACCACAAUGGAACCCACAAUCUGGGGCGAUUUUCCUGAAGAUCUCUGGUUCGAAAUCCUCCAAAGGGUUCCGGCCAAAUCCCUCGUCAAAUUCACCAAAGUCUCCAAAUCCUGGUAUGUCCUCAUCACCAGUUCUAGGUUUAUCAAAACUCAUCUCGCCAGAGUCCAAAUUGAAUGCUCCAAAUCCAUUCUCGUUCGGCGGUAUUCUAAAAGCGGAAAACAAGAGCGUUACUCGGUGCACCCAGACAAUGAUGAUUUCAUCCUUCAAAGUUCGGAACUCGAGCUUCCACCGGCAUCCCGUUCCCGUGAUUGGGGUUAUCUUAUUGUAGGCACCUGCAAUGGGUUGAUUUGCUUGAGGGGUAAUAUGAAUGGAACUUGCACAAAACCAAUUUUUGUAUGGAACCCUUCGAUCAGAAAGUGGAUAGAGUUACCUUUACCAAAUAUUGAUCCCUAUUCAAAAUAUGUCACCCUUGGUUUUGGUUGUGAUUUGCAGCAACUUGAUUAUAAAGUGGUCAGAUAUGUAGUUGAAGAAAAAAUUGGUGGGGUUGCUGAAGUGUAUUCGCUCAACUCAAAACGUUGGAUGAAAGUGCCUAUUGUUUCUUCCCGCCAUGGUUAUAUUACUGGUUCCUCAACGCCGGUGCUCGUUAAUGGUAUUGUUCAUUGGCUGGUUCUUGAUGGGGAACGCUUACGCAUCGUAUAUUUGGGGUUCGAUUUUAAGGAUGAAACUUUUAGCGAGAUUUUUUUGCCUCAACAUAUAACUUGGCAACAUCUUUUCAAGUUGUGGCAUUUUUUACAUGAGGAUUGUCUUGCUGUAUCAGAAUGUGAUCAUAUAUCCAGUUAUAAUCAGUUCAAUGGCUACUGCAACAUUUGGGUGAUGAAGGAAUAUGGAAAUGUGGAGUCUUGGGAACUGUUGUUUAAGAUUAAGUUGGAAGAAGGGAUUCGGCAAGUGAUCGGAUUGAGACAGACUGGUCAUUGCCUGGCAACCAAGGGUAUGAUGGCUGUGGAUGAAAUUGUGGCUAUGAGGCCUGGAAACGAAAGUAAAGUAAGUGCCUUGGUUUCAUUUGAUCCGAACAAUAGCGGAGCGGUGAAGGAUCUUGAGAUUGUUGGCACAGAGUUUUCAAUCUAUGCUUUACCUUUUCUGGGAAGCUUGGUCCUACUUGAAGGCCGAUGUAGAUUUUAGAGGAAAAUGGCAGUGCAUUCACUACUGUCCUUCUAAGUGCUUUUUCUCGUAGUUCAAUUGUUAUGUCUCAGUCGUGUAUUGUGGUCUGGUUCCUAGUUGAUACCAAUACAUUGGUUGUAGUUCAAGUUGCGUUCAUUAAUCAAUCAAUUUAUGCUUUAGUUCAACCUGAUCUUCGUUCUUGCACCAGUAGAAAUACUUGUCAUUGAAGAACAUUCGACACUGG